AUGUUGUUGGCAAAAUUUGUGAUUCUUCUACUGCUCCAGGCUGCUGUGGUAGUUGUGGUCGGCGUCUGCCUAAUACCCGAGCCUGUCAAGCGCCAACGUUCGCUGGUGGAUGAGUUCUGGAGCAGGCGUCCGCGGCUUGAUGACCGCAUUGUAGGCGGCCGACGCAUAAACAUAACGGAUGCACCCCAUCAAAUCUCGUUGCAAACAUCAGCUCAUAUCUGCGGCGGCUCGUUGAUCUCCGAACAGUGGAUACUAACGGCAGCUCAUUGCACCGAGGGCAAAACUGCGGAUCGGCUGCGCGUGCGGUUGGGCAGCUCGGAAUUCUCGCGGCACGGGCAGCUGUUGCACGUGCAGAAGAUUGUACAACACGAAAAGUUCAACUUCACGAAUGUAGACUACGAUUUCUCGCUGCUGCAGCUGCGGGAACCCAUCGAAUUUGAUGAUACCAAAAAGGCCAUCAAGCUGCCGGAACCGGAUCAAAUGUUUGCGGACGGUGAUCCGUGCUUUGUCACCGGCUGGGGCAACACACAGAAUCUGCUCGAGCCACGUGAGUGGCUGCGCCAGGUGCAGGUGCCGCUUGUCAAUCAGCAGCUCUGCAGCGACAAGUACAAGCAAUACGGCGGCAUUACGGAGCGCAUGAUCUGUGCGGGCUACAUGGCGGGCGGCAAGGAUGCCUGCCAGGGCGACUCCGGUGGUCCCAUGGUCAACGAGGCGGGCGUCCUUGUGGGCGUCGUAUCCUGGGGCUACGGCUGCGCCAAGCCCGACUAUCCCGGCGUCUACUCCAGAGUGGCCCAGGCGCGUAACUGGAUCAAGGAGCACACUGGCAUCUAG